GAAAAAAUGAUACUAAAACUCUAUAACUCUUCCUUCCUCUACUUUCUUCUCCUCCUUUUGAACCUUCAAAACAUCAUGGUGGUGGUAGUUGAGAAGUCCCUCUCUGUAUCCAUGAACGCAAGAAUCAUCGGCUCCGGCACCGAAUCCAUGAUUCUUGCUCAUGGAUAUGGCGGAGAUCAAUCUCUGUGGGAAAAGAUAAUUCCUUACUUGACUAACCAUUUUAGAGUGAUUGUUUUUGACUGGCCUUUCUCUGGUGCUGUGAAAGACGACCAAAACCUCUUUGAUCAUGAAAACUACUCUCAUAAUUCAUAUGAUGCUUUUGCUAAUGACUUGAUAAGUCUGCUUGAUGAAAUCAAGGUUAGCUCGUCAUCAAUCUUCAUUGGUCACUCCAUGUCUGCCAUGAUUGGAUGCAUUGCUUCUGUUAAAAGGCCUCAUCUCUUCAAGAGACUCAUUCUUGUUGGAGCUUCUCCAAGGUACAUGAACACAGAUAACUACGAAGGAGGGUUCAAGAAAUCCGAAAUCGAAAACAUAAUCGAAACAAUUAGGACAAACUUCUACGAUUGGGCUCCAAAAUUCGCUUCCCUUGUAGUGGACGCCAACGAUCCUCUCUCUGUCGACAAGUUCGCCCAAAGUCUCCGAAGAAUGAAACCCGAAAUCGCCCUCUCUGUAGCCAAAACUGUGUUUUACAGCGACGAGAGGGAUGUGCUUGAAAAAGUGGUGACCCCGUGCACCAUCGUCCAGACCAGUAGCGACAUUGUGGCACCAAAUUCCGUCGCGUAUUAUAUGCAGGACAAGAUUAAAGGAGACGCGACGGUGGAGAUCAUCGACACUUCCGGGCAUUUUCCCCAUCUAACUGCACAUCUGCAGCUCAUUGAAGUGCUAAGUAGAGUUUUGGGGUUUCAGUAUUAAUUACCAUACCUAUAUAUAUAUAUGCAUGGCUCGUGUAGUAAUUGGGCUGGGUUAUAAAAUUAAAGUCUCUUACUAUUGUCUAGGCCUACUCGGCCCAGAAUUUUGGGCUUAUGAACAUGCCCAAACUGGCCUAACCAUAUUUAAGGCCCGUGGCAUUCUCAGCAAUUUUCUCUGAUAUAAUUUCAAUGUACUAUAAACAUUUGUUUCUAUAAUCUUAUACUGCAUAAUAUAAUCUCGAUAAAAUAAUA